AUGACUACCACACCUACAAGCACCUUUGUCGACCGGAACCCCUCACCCGCAGCCAUGAAGUUCCCCCGAAUUGUUGUUGAGGGCAACCUUGUCAUCAAUGGCAACGUGUACAUAGGGGUCCCAGCCUGCCCCUCCGGGGAUGCAUCUGGGUCUGAGGAUGCGAGCUCAUCGUACACCUCCUCGGAGCACUCUAUCUCUUCCCGACCGCAAUGCACUUGUACCUCGUCGGUGUGCACCUCGUGCACCUCGUCUGAGGGCAGCAGCACCUCCGAGUCUGAGUACCGUACCGGUCGCCGGCCGGAUUGCACCUGUACCUCGUCGGUGUGUACCUCGUGCAUCUCGUCCGAGGGUAGCAGCACCGUGGAGUGCGAGUAUUGUACCUGUACCUGUCCCCAGCCUCACUAUCAUGGCGACGGCUCCUCGAGCACCUCUUCGGGCACCUUGGGGUCGCAGGACAAUGCACCCCGCUUCUUCGACUGGACUCCUAUACCAGUUCCGCGGGUCCGCGCGAUGCCCGAGGCCUCUUCGGCCCCCCCCUUCGAGGCCGAGGAUCUCCUCGACAUUCACUCCGAGGGUCCACCGUGCCCCGAGGCCUCACCAGCCCCGGAAGCAGGCCCAGCGAGCCCGCCACCCCAGCUCGGCCCCCUCUCCCGCGGGUUCACAAGUCACGAACUCCGCACACAGCCCGCCCCUAUCGAGCAACCGUUCGAGCUCUACCACGCCCAUGUGAGCACCACGACCUUCGUCGUGCUCAUCGUGUGGACGAGCGCGACCCCCAUCGACUGGCAGGGCGAGCCGCUGCGCGUCAUGCAGCACGAAUUCCAUUGCCUGCGGGCCCUCAACCACACGGCCCAGGUCUUCCACGGGGUCAUCAAGGCCGGCAAGGAGAUCUGCCUGUACCGCGAGGCCGGCAACGGCGAGGUCGACCAGUUCACCCACAACGGCCGCUCCCACUUCCACGAGGAGGACGACCUCUUUAUGCUCCGCCAGUGGCGCGACCGCGUCCCGCGCGAGAAGAUCGAGGGGGUCAGCGACACGGACUCCGAUGUCUCGUCGCCCUACCGCCCGCGCUUGUCUUCCAGCAAUUUCUUGAAUAUUCGGGAGGAGGAUCGGGAUUCGCGGUAG